GAGUUGGUAGGAUUUCAUCAUUCUGAUGCAAAAUUGCACAGGACAGGAGAUUCCCUUAUACCUCAGUUAUUAUUUUUUGUUUAUAUGUUUUUUAAUUUAUUUUUAACAAUCGCAAUUCGUAACCCUAAUUUUUGUUUGACCUUUGACCAUUGAAGCCAACGAUCUGCCAUUUUCCAACCCUAAUUUUUCUCUAUAAAUACACACCACACACACUCACGCAGACAGCAUCAGCGUCACUGCACUCUCUGCUCGUUCACAAUAACCUCAAUUUGUUAGAACAUGCCCGAAUAAGCUUUUGUAUUUUUUCUCUGUUGGAGAGGUUGAUUGACCAUCAAUGGCUGUUCCAUACACCAAUUGCUUUCAACUCCCAAAAGUAAACCCAAAAUGUCACAUUUUUAGCUCGUCUGGUGGGCUCUCCACCGGGGUCUCUCCCGCACAUUGUUGCCUUAAAACUUCCCCCCCGGUUAUGCAUUUAGAAGCCAAAGUAAGUCAGGUUGAUCCCUUGUUGGAUAGUGUCAAGUGGGACGACAGAGGUUUGGCAGUGGCAAUAGCUCAGAAUGUGGAUACCGGAGCGGUUUUAAUGCAAGGGUUUGUCAACAAAGAGGCUCUUUUGAAGACUAUUACCUCCAAGCAGGCUACAUUCUAUAGCAGGUCACGAUCAACUCUAUGGACAAAGGGAGAGACCUCGAUGAAUUUCAUCAAUGUUUCUGAUGUCUUUCUGGAUUGUGAUCGCGAUUCUAUAAUAUAUCUGGGUAAGCCAGAUGGACCAACUUGUCACACUGGGGCUGAGACAUGUUACUAUACGUCUGUGGAUGACAUCAUAAAUGAUUCUCCGGUUGAUGGUAGUAAACUUGCAUUAACAACUCUAUAUGCGUUAGAAUCAACAAUAUCAAAACGAAAAGAAGAGUUAUCAGAAAACCCAGACAGCAAACCAUCUUGGACCAAGCGAUUAUUGCUUGAUGAAAAGCUAUUAUGCUCAAAGAUCAGGGAAGAGGCGGAUGAGUUAUGCCGAACACUGGAGGAAAAUGAGGACCAAACUAGGACUGCCUCUGAAAUGGCAGACGUGCUCUAUCAUGCCAUGGUCUUGCUGGCUCUGAAAGGAGUUAAAGUCGAAGAUGUCCUUCAAGUCUUAAGACUGAGGUUUGCACAAUCAGGUGUUGAAGAAAAGAAAAGUCGCAAAUCAUAGCAAGUCAAACACUUAUACUUAACUUUCACUGAACAGAGAUGACUCAAAAAUUGAAUAAUCUACAAAUCAUAUUGCGAUGAGCUCUUUCCUGUUACGCCUUAAAUGUGUAUAUAUCUUGAGCUAUUUUUGUUAUUGUUAUUGGUUCAACUCUGUAUGUUACAUUGUUAUGGAAUUUUUACAUAAUGUUUUCUCAUGUUUUCCUCAUGAA